AUGACAAAUGUUGAAAGUGAAGUGAUUUUAAUCGAAUCUUCUUCUGAAGGAGAAGAUUCUGUAAUGAUUAUCGAUUCAUCGUCCGAAGAAGAAGAGAUGGACACAAUAAAUAUACAAUCAUCCUCUGAAGACGACGAUGAAGACGAAGCCUAUACCGGAUUAUUGGUGGAAGUGGAAAUGCCUCCUGAUUAUCAUCCACCGACAAUCAAUGACAACAACGACGAAGAUGCGGACGAGGGAGAUCAUCGCGAAAAUGAUCAUGUGUUCGACAUAAACGAACACACAUAUGCUUAUCUCUACGAGGGUGAGCAUGUUCAUGAUAAAGAAUGCAGUAUUUGCUUGAAUGCAUUCAUCAUUAAUGCUCGUGUCCGAAGACUCCAGUGUUUUCACUUGUUUCACAUGGAUUGUAUCAACCCAUGGUGUCAACGACGCAAGAUUUGUCCUUUAUGCCAGCAAGAUAUCGCCAACGCUGAAGAGAAUUAA